AUGGCCGCGACUAGGACUUCGACCCGCCAAGCUGCUCAGAAGGCGAAGGAAGCCAUAGCAGCCGGCCCGGAGCCGAAAAGGAGCAAAAAGGAUGAUCAGAAGCCUGCGCGGGAUGAGGACCAGAAGGUGGAAGAGCAAAAGGGGGGCGUAGAAGAGCAAGUAAAGGAAAAGAAGGAGGAACCUGUUCAACAAGAAGCAGAGGGAGAGAAGGUUCAUCCGGUUGAAGAGCAGGCAGAGGGAGCAAAGAGUCAGCAGAAUGAGGAGCAAGCAGAGGGAGAGAAGGAGCAACAGAACGAGGAACGCGCAGAGACCAAGAAGGAAGAGCCCGAAGAAGAGCAAGCAGUGGGGGCGAAAGAAGAACAGAAAGAGGAACAGCUAGAAAAAAGUAAGGAAGAACAAGGGAAUGACAACGAGGAAUCACUGAAGUCAAAUACUGAAGAGGGCAAACCAGCUGACGAGCGAGAGAAGCCCGCUGAUGAUGGGGUCGAGUCUGGGGUUCAAAAAACACAGGAAAGAGAGGAUGCCGUUCCUUCGAAUAUACUCGAGAAAGGCGUGAUCUAUUUCUUCUAUCGAUCCCGAGUUAACGUGUCCGAACCAAAUAGUGUGGACGAUGUUGCCCGAAGCUUCAUUGUACUACGUCCAACUCCUUUAGGGGCUUCCCUGGAUCAAACGCAGGGGUCCUUGGAACCUGGCGCGAAGUGUCGGCUGAUGCUAUUGCCUAAAAAGAAAUUUCCUACCAGCGGGAGGGAGCGAGAUAUGGGUUUCGUUGAGAAGACUGGACAGACGAUGAAGGAGCUCCAGGAGAACUAUCUCGCUGGUGAGAAGUAUGAAACCUCAACUCGUGGCGAACGCACUGUGCCGGAAGCCAAGCUGUAUGCCGAAGGCGUCUAUGCGAUUACGUCCACCAAGCGAGCUUCGCACUUGGCGUACAUUUUGACCAUCCCUGGGGAGGUCGGCCCGCUUCAGGAAGACUUUGGUCUUCACGCGCGUGGCAGCUGGAUUGUACAGUCGAAGAACCCGAAGUAUCCGGGGCCUUCCUCCGCGCAACUUCCAAAGGACCCUGAGUACCCUGAAAGGUUUGCGACUGCCCUUCCCAAUUCCAUCCAUUGUCCUCGAAACACGACUGAUUUGCUGGAUAGUGUCCGCGAAAAGUUCCAGGAUUAUCGCUGGGCACCAUUGACACCUGAGUUCAUUGACUAUCCCAACGCCCAGUUCCUGAUGAUCGGUGAAGCUACAGAUGACCUUGGAAAGGCUGCUACUGCUGAGCCUGACGGAAAGCGGUCUGAAGAGGCGCAGCCCUGGGAGGAGUUGGAGAAGUUGGAGGACGAGAACGAGGAGAGGAUUGAGUCAUUGAAAGGGGAUGAUGCUGUGUACAAGGAUCUGGGACUGGAUGCGAACACACCAACUGGCAAUCUCACUAAAUACCACACAUCAACUCAAAUUGCCAUUGUCCACUCCCCGAAAAUGCAUGUCCUCAGCAUCAUCCUCCCUCUAUACCUAGCCACCCCCACCACAGCCGGGGUCCUCAAGCCCCGCGCAACAUACACAGACUGCACAGACUCACAACAGCAACUCGUCUCCGCGGCAGUGACAAGCGCCGGCCAGAUGGCGGCAGCAGGGGCCAAAAGCCUGCGGUCCAACAACGGCACCUCGCUCUUCCAAACCUUCUUCAAGACCACCGACGCCAGCUCCAUCGACCAGGUAGCCAGCGCGCUGGAGAAGAUCGCCGAAGAGGCAUCGCAGCCCGGCGGCGGCCUCGUCAGCUAUUCCUGUCAGCCCGGCAACAUCAACUGUCAGUCGGGCGGGUUUACCACGACCGCGUAUGCGAGUACGGAUGGCACGCGCGGCCAGGUGAAUACCUGUCCUGCGUACUUUGAUCUGCCGGCGUCGUCGGAUGAUUGCACGGUCCUGGAUCAGGCGACGUCUACGUUGCAUGAACUUGGCCAUACUAAGGGCGUGCUGGGCAAUGAGGUUUAUGGGUAUCACGAGAUUAUGAAUAUUGAUACCCAGACGGCGUUGAGUAAUGCAGAGAGUUAUGCUUUUUUGCGAACUGUGUAUCUUGGCUGUGGCGGUCAAUCUGGUCAAUCUGGUCAAUCUGGUCAAUCUGGUCAAUCUGGUCAAUCUGGUCAAUCUGGUCAAUCUGGUCAAUCUGGCCAGUCUGGCUCAUCCGCACCUCACUCAGGUGGCACAUCAAUCUCGAGCAACUCAGGUGGCUCAAGCCCAAUGGGAGGCUCAAGUAACAUGGGAAGCCUAUUCGGAAAUUCCGGCAGCCAGACCGGUCCCAGCAGUUCUAUGGGAGGCUCAGGACCUAUUAGCAACAUGCUGGGAGGCUCGAGUAACAUGGGCAGCUCGGGUAACAUGGGAAGCCUAUUUGGAAACCUACUAGGUAGUCUGACUGGCUCAGGUAGUUCCACGGGAGGCUCCAUGGGGAGCGGAAGCUCAAGAAGCUCAGGAAGCCUGUUUGGAAGUCCAAGCAGUUCGACUAGCUCGACUACCCCUACCCCUAGCCCUAGCCCUAACCCUGUGGGAGGCUCUUAUGAUAAUCCAUAUGGAAACUCCGGCAGUUUUACUGAGCCUGAGAGUCCGAUGGGGAGCUCAAGUCCGUACGGUAGCUCAGGUGAUAUGGAGAGUUCAUAUGGUAGUGGAGAUAUGGACAACCAAGGAAGCUGGAUGGAAAGCCCACCGAGUGUGAUUGAUACGGGGAGCUACGGUACAAGUGGUAUGGGAAGCUCCGAUAACUAUGGAGGUAUGGAAAGUUCGGAUACCUAUGGUGGUAUGGAUAGCUCAGACAGCUAUGGUGGUAUGGAGGGUCCAUACGACAUGGGCGUUGUCCUGUGUCUGCUACUCAUAUCUCCAAUGAAACUACAUAUACUACUGACUGCUCUGCCCUGGACGGCAGCAGCAGCAGCAGCAGCCAGAUCCACUGUCGUCAACCAGACCACCUGCGGCGGCACGACCUACGCAUACACCGGCCUGGAAGGCUACGGGUUCAUCCCCUCCAACGCAACAGACAAGUAUGGCGACACGAUCGGCGGGAUCGGCAGCUCGAUAGCCAUGGAGCCCGGUUCCUGGCGCCGAACAGGGCGAGACAGCUACUCCGGAACGGUCUAUGCCCUACCUGACCGCGGCUGGUACAUCCAAACAAAACCACACCCCAGUACACAUAGAACAAUCGCAGCUAAUACAAGCCAGGAACACCAACGGAACCCUAAACUUCCAACCGCGCAUCCACAAGAUCGCCCUCACGCUCACCCUGGCGCGCAAUGCCUCAGCUCACACCCCCUCGCCCCCAACCUGCGCCUCAAAUACCUCGACACCGUCCUCCUCACCGGCCCCGACGGCCUCCCCACCACCGGCCUGGACGCCGACGUAACCGGCGCUGCAUCCUACCCGGGCUACCCGCCCCUGCCGGCAGCCACCUACGUUGGUGAUGGCUUCGGCGGCGCAGGGCCCGGCGGGAAGCGCGUCUCCAUGGAUCCGGAGGGCCUGGCGAUCGACAACGACGGCGGGUUCUGGGUGUCCGAUGAAUACGGGCCCUACGUGUACAAAUUCAGCAAGGAGGGGCGGAUGGAGCUGGCGGUGCAGCCGCCGGAUGCGAUCCUGCCCCGUCGGAACGGGACGUUGAGUUUCAGCGCGGCCAGUCCGCCGGUGUAUGCCCCGGAGCUGAAGGUGAACCCGGAGGAUCCGCAGUCCGGACGGAACAACAACCAGGGUCUGGAGGCGCUGACGCUAUCGGCGGACGGGAAGACGCUGUACGCUAUGAUGCAGUCUGCGCUGAACCAGGAGGGCGGGCCGAAGAAGAAGAACCGGCAGCCGGCGCGGCUGUUGGAGUAUGAUGUUUCCUCUGGGAAGCCGGUGUACCAACACGAGUAUGUGGUGCUGCUGCCGAAGUAUGACGAUUACACGAAGAAUGAGUCGGUGGUUGCGUCGCAGUCGGAGAUGCAUAUCCUUCCCACUGGGGAUUUCUUGGUCCUCUCGCGGGAUUCCGGGUUCGGGCAUGGCCAGGACGAGACACGGUCUGUGUAUCGGCAUGCGGAUGUGAUCUCGAUUUCGAAUUUGACCACGGAUCUGAAGGGCAAGUAUGAUGGUGUUGGGGCGAGUGUGGCUUCGUCCAAGGGCGUGUUGAACGAUGGGAUUACGCCCGUCGAGUACUGUCCGUUCCUGGAUUAUAAUGUGGAGUCGGAGCUGGCGAAGUUCGGGCUGCAUAAUGGUGGAUCGCAGGAUGCGUUGCUGUUGAAUGAGAAGUGGGAGAGCUUCGCGCUUGUUCCGGUUGAGCCGGAACAGCGGAGGCGUGGCUCGAAGAAUGAGUAUUUCUUGUUCAGCUUCAGUGACAAUGACUUUAUGACGCAGGAUGGGCACAUGAACUUCGGGCGGUACAAGUACGCCGAUGAAUCGGGUUACAAUAUUGAUAACCAGGUGCUGGUCUUCCGGGUGGAAUUCUAG